CUCCCAAGGUCGAGCUAUAUUCACAAUUUCAAUUUCCCUUGGUUGAACUAAUAUAUUUCCCACGUACAUGUGUGUACAUAGUCUAUCAAUAAAUUCAAUUCCUAUGUACCACGCCAGCUAAUAUUGCACUUAUUUCCCAAGGUCGAUCUAUCUCCUUAAUUGUUUCAAUUUCCCUUGGUCGAACUAACGUGUAUUUUUUGCAUACAAAUUACCACACAUCUCAUAAUAUCUGUUCUCCAUAUAUACCACGCCAGCUAGGCUUGCAUUUAAUAUUCUAUACAUAUAUCCCAAGGUUGAUCUAUCUCCAUAAUUGUUUACAAUUUCCCUUGGUCGAACAAACGUUUAUUUGCUUUCAAAUUAUCACAUAUUUCAAAUUACAUAUUAUACUCCAUAUACAUAUACCACGCCAGCUAGGCUUGCAUACAAUAUUUCCAAACAUAUUUCCCAAGGUUGAUCUAUCUCCUAAUUGUUUACAAUUUCCCUUGGUCGAACUAACGUGUUAAAUUUCUAUCUAAAAUUACCACGCAGCCUACUUAUCUAUCCUAUUUCUAUGUACCACGCUAUUUAAACUUUCAUUAUUCCCGUGCAUAUUAUAUACCACGCUUUUGGCCGACAAUUUCAGCACGAGGUCGAGUACGCACAUUGCGCCCACCCCGAGCCUUGCCACAGCGUGGCAAUUCUACUAGUUCACCGACGCCGAUGGAGUGCCGGUAACUUGUCAGCCUGAAUUACGAGGAGCAUUGAGUAACUAUAUUCCAAUUUAUUUAUCACUCAUCUAUAAUUCUUAGUUAAAUUUGGUAUAACGCAACUAUCGCAUUUACAAUUUCUAUCUAGUUUUAUUAUGUCUAAAAUGGCGGAUAUCGAUAGCUUAAUAAACAAACGUACUAGUAUCAGAGGUAGACUAAAUAAAUUCAAAAACUAUCUUGCACAAGUAGGGCCUAUUGUCGAGGAAUCUCAAUUUAACGAACUACAACUUAGGAUACAAAAGGUUACCGAAUUAUUCCAAAAUUACGAUUUGCUGCAAGAUAAGAUCGAUGAGCUUUGCCCUGAUACGAUCGACGAUGAAAUCGAUGAGAGAGACGCCACAGAGUCACAAUUUACUCAAUUACUAUCGAAAGCAAAAACAAUAAUCUCACAAUAUUCCCAAACCAAUAUCCAGGCGUCUUCAACGCAAAACGUCUCUCAUCGACCUCACGAAGUUAGUUUUAAAUUGCCCACUAUUGUUAUAUCUAAAUUUAACGGCAACUAUUCAGAUUGGUUAGAGUUUAGGGAUACAUACAAAUCACUCAUACACAACAAUUCGCAACUUUUACCAAUCCACAAAUUUCAUUAUUUAAAUUCAUAUCUUACGGGCGAGGCUGCCAGGCUACUGACGAAUUUAGAGGUCUCAUCAGAGACAUAUAGCGAAGCUUGGGACCUCCUAUGCGCUCGAUUUGACAACAAGAGGCAUCUAAUCAAUAAUCAUUUAAACGCACUAUUCAAUCUAGAGUCCAUGAGCCGGGAAAAUGACAAGUCACUACGCUCCUUGAUAGAUAACGUCAAUAAGGACCUAAGAGCCUUAUCUAGCCUUGGUGAGCCCACAGAGAAGUGGGACACUAUUAUUAUACAUAUGGUCUGUAUGAAGCUAGACCAUACUACGAAGCGAGCUUGGGAAGAAGUAAGAAACACUUUCGAGGAUAUGCCUAAACUUAGUCAAUUAACAAAGUUCCUACAAGACAGAGCAGGCAUCCUGGAAACGUGUAACAACAAGACAAAUGCAACUAGCACGCAGCAAACUCCAAGUAAAAACGUACACGCCUACAAAACAUUAACAUGCACAACAAACUACAAUGUUACUCCAGUCAAUACUACAACACAACAUAAAUCACAAUACGCAUGUACAUAUUGCAAUCAAGAUCACAUCAUAUAUAAUUGCCCUGUUUUCCUAGCCAAGUCUCCCGAGCAAAGACAAGAAGAAGCAUUUAAAUUACGUCUAUGUGGUAACUGUUUGAAGAGAGGACACAAUGUCAGGGAAUGCCGCAGCUCAUCUUGCCGUCAAUGCCGCAAGCGACACAAUACACUGCUGCACUUUCCAUCACAGCCCGCCGCCAAUAUCGCGGUGCAGACUGCUGUUAUUAAGGCUGACGACACUCCAGUCGUAGCAAACUUCGCGUCGUCUCAGCCUGCAAUACAAGUCCUCCUAUCGACGGCAGUUAUCGAGGUAGUCAAUCCGGAGACCAACGAAAGGCAGAGAGCACGCUGUCUCUUAGACUCGGGCAGUCAAGCUACAUUUAUCAGCAAAGCAUUGAAGAAGAGACUGGGGUUAAAAACAAUAGCAACAAAGUCGGUACCAAUCAUGGGCAUGUCAGAUACACCCUGUGGCUACAUCUCAGAGAGGAGUGUAGUUCGUCUAGAAUCAACAAUAGGAAAAUUCAAUGUUACUCAAGCCUGCGCAAUUUUACCCCAGCUCAUUGGGAACAUUCCACACAAGAACAUCAAGCUCGAAUACCUCAAGAUACCAUCGAAUAUACAAUUGGCAGAUCCUACAUUCAACAGCUCUAACACAAUAGACAUUAUAAUCGGCGCAGAUUUAUUCUGGCAAAUCAUCGGCAACGAGCAAAAGAGCCUUGGGCCGAACUUACCUGUAAUAAGAAAUUCACAACUAGGAUGGUUGAUCUCAGGGCCGAUUUAUAGCAACACCGACUCUAAACAAGUAGACUGCCAUCUUCUAUCAACAAGUAAAACAAAAAACAUUUCAAGAAACAAUUUACACUACAAGCCAUAUAGAUGUUGGGAGCUAGAAGAGCGUAAAAAACCACUUCUUAGCGACAGUAAAACAGCAAGCACAAGUCAUCGGAAGCAGACUUACAAGAGACUAAGGUUCUAUCAACAAUACAACUCAACGAUGAUACAACCAUGUAGAUAAAAAUUAUUACAACUUAUUUGUUUAACGCGCAUAUUAGCUUAGGUUCUAAGAUUUAUUUACGAUUUAAAAUACAACAAUCCCAACGUAACAGGUUCUCUAUCAUUUAGGGAACUAAACAUUUCAAUUUCAUCUAUCACACAAGUCUUUCAAUUUACUCACGGAAAAUGCGGACAAUCCUUAGAAUUGCUACAUCUAAGGAAAAAACAUUUAAAUCUCAAUAUCCAUAUGCUCCUCAUUUUUCUGGUUUGUCAGAAGCCGGCAUAAAUUCGGAUAAGCUUUUAGUCAAACAACCCUUAUUUGCACAGGUUGUGGCGAUAACAAAAUAGUCGUCCUCUAUCUCCAUUAUCCUGAACUCCUGAUGACUGCCUACCUUCAUCUCCAGGUCACUUCCUCAUCGGCCGGCCGCUGACAUCAAUUACAUCUGCUGAAAUACAACUAGAAGACAUCAACACUACAAGAAGGACUAUUCGUCGAGCUCACCCGGCUGUGCCCCCUGCUGGACGAACCGGGCCCCGAGCAUGUUCGCGCCUAAACAGCGCUUUAUGAUGGGUUGCGAAACCGGUCCGCGCUUCCCCCACUCAACGCACAGGACCGCCCCUAAAAUCUGCGGGCGCAACGUCUUACGCGCCCCCGCAUCGAUCAGUGUGUAAAAUCCAACAGCAACAGUAACACUCAAUACAAUAAAUACCGUGAAAUAGUAUACGUGUGUUUCAAUAGAAGAUUAUAAGCCACAU